AUGGAGGAUCACAUGACCUCAUCAGACAUGGCGGCUACCGGAAACACUUCUGUCCCCAUGGUAACAGGCUCAAUAGGAACCGACCCAGACCCGCAGGUUCUGUGUGACAGAGUGAAGGUCUGCGAGCAGCAUGCAGGUUCAACCAUCCAGUCUGACAGCUACCUGUGGAACAGUGUGUGCGUUCUGUGUUCUGGUAGGAUCAGAGAAUUAGAGAGGUCAGAGAAGAGUCUGCUUCUAAGGCUCUAUCAGCUGGCCUCUGCCUCCCACCUCCCCAGCAUGCAGCACACACAGAGGCUGGAUCAGAGACUCCACAUGCUCAGGGAGGAGGUCAGGACCAUGACUCAGGACAAGGAACGGGGAGAGCGGGUAUGGAGGGAGCGACUGCAGCGCUGUCAGAGGCAGCUGAAGGCCAAAGAGGAGGAGAUGAGCCGCCAGUCCCAGUACUUUGAGAACUUUAAAGCCCAACUCCAACACAAGCUAAGCCUGGCCCGGGACAGAGAGCAGAGCCUACAGAACCGUAUCCACACCUUAGAAAAGCAGCUGCUGGACAUGACUGUUAGUGCCGCCACUGGUGUUGCAACAAUCAGUGCCGUCAGAAUUACUGCCGGGACUUUAACACAGUGGGAGGAGCAAGAGAGGCUACUUUCCAUGAGAGGAGAGGGUGAAGGAGAGGAAGAGAAAAAGGAGGAAAGGAGAAAGCAAUGGCAGCCAAACAAAGGAACUGAGAGAGAAGGAAGACAAGAGGGUGAUGAAAGAAAGACAGACAUCAAGGAGAACUCAAAUGAGGCCAGGCUCCAAAGUUUCAUCCUGAGCCUGCAGGAGGAUCUCAGGGUGCUGCUGGAGAGAGAGGAAAGUGGAAUGACAGAGUGGAGGAGGCUGACGGAGCAGCUCCAGGAGGCUCAAGAGAACAGCCACUUCCUGUGCUGCAAGGUGGAGGAGAUGAAGGCAGCGGUGCAGCAACUGAAGCUGUCUGAAAUCUCCCUGAUGGAGGAGGCUGAAGAGCUGAGAGAGGAGAACCACAGACUCCAGCAGAACCUCAGGGAUGCAGCUAACCAAACACCCAGUCAGUCAUCCACAAUACUUGAGUCAACAUAUCCAAGUCCUGGGAACAGCUUGCUAAGCUGCAGCCCCGUUGUUCCCAUGAACACUAAUCCCACUGGACAUUAUUCAGAUGAGAGCUGUGGAAAGGUCCAGCUAAUCUUGGAUGAGCGAGAAGGCCAGUCACAUUCAUCUGCAGUUGUGCCUGUUCACCAUCAGGCUGCAGCAGAGAGCACACAAAACAACACAGAAGACCCCCCUGCACCUGCAAAAUUAGAUACUUUGUCUUCACCUGAAACCGACUCUCCAAACCUUAUUACAUGCCUUGCCUCCAAAUCCAACCUCAGCCUCAAGUCACUAUCUGCGACUACAGAGACAGUAGAUGACUUUAAACUGGGGACCUGGUGCUCCAGGGGUGUCCUAAACCUUGAGGAAAUCCCCAGUGAGGAAUCUGAUGCCCUGAAGGAAGCGUACAGGAGUUUGGGAUUAGGGGAAGAUCUUGAGGCUCUCCAAGAGCAACGUGGCCCCCUGGAGGCUGCCUUGCAAACAAAGGAACAGCUGCAGGUGAUGGCUCAAUACAACACUGAACUGAAAUCACAACUCAGGAAACAAGCAGAGGAGCAAGAAACAGAGGCAUUUCCUGUCCAUAGUAACACCAUCCUCGCUCAGGAUAAUCUUGUCCAAGCCUUGAAUCAGGAGAACCGGGCCUUAGCGAACAGGAUCCAAGAGCUACUGGCUCACAUUGAGCUCAGAGAACAGGAGAUGAAGACAGAGCAAACUCAGCAGAGGGAGCAUAUUUUUGGCUUAAAGGAGGACCUAGCACGGCUGGAGCAGGACAACCAGGAACAAGGCUGUCUUAUCACAGAACUCACCAGGAAGACUGAAGAUGAUCUUAAUACUAUCAUGGAUCUGCAGCAGAAGUUAGUAGAGAGCAGAGAUUGUCAACAGAACAACCUAGAAGAACAUGUGCAUAGUUUGGUGGAAAAUUUGCUAAAAGGGGAUGAAGAACCACAGCUUAUGUUGAGUCAACAACUAGACAAUUUGAACACAGCUUCAGCCCUUGAUUGUCAACAUAAUAAACACAAUAAUUCAUUGCAAAACAGCCCACAAACCAAUGUGCAUGUUAGUUCAGUGACAGAUGAAGUCGACCAGCUGACUAAGUCGGUCCACAGCCUCAAAACAGAACAAGAAGAGUUAAUCUGCCAAAUGAAUUCUCUCAGAGAGGAGCAAAAAGAAGUAGCUCUGUCAGUCCAAACACAGACAGAAGAGAAGCAGCACCUAACUCGCACAGUUUGGGGACUGAAAGAGGAGAAAGACCGAAUAUCUCAAUCUCUGGUUGGUAUUAAGCAAGAGAGGGAGCAUCUAACCAGGACAGUCUGUGGGCUGAAAGAUGAGAGAGACCAGUUUAUAAGGUCCGUGAAUAGUCUGAAAGAGGAAAAAGAGCAUUUCAUUAUGUGCUUAUCUGGGCAUGAAAGAGAAAAAGAGAAACUGUUAGAGUCACUCUCAACUGGAAGAGAAGAGGUAGAUCAAACCGUUAAAUCACUACAAAGUUUACAAAAAGAGAGCAACCAGUUAAGCCAGUCAGUGCUCAGUUUGAAACUGGAGAGAGAAGAACUAACAGAUUCCCUAAAAUCUCUGACAGAGCAGAGAGAUCAGGAACAAUUAUCUUCUGUUUUACAAGAAGACCAGGACACGCUGCUAAAGUCAGUGAGCAGUUUGAAAGAAGAAAAAGAAAGAAUUGAACAUUCAAUCAGUUUUUUGAAACAGGAGGAAAAGCAGACAAUACGAUUAUUUCAAGGGAUAAGAGAGGAAAGAAACAGCCUGCAAACUGGUUUCCACAGCCAAACACAAACACAGGAGGCGAAUCAAAAGCAUCUGUUGAAUCAAAACGUUGUCUGGCUGACAAAGAAGACAGAGAAUACUGUUGGGACUGGAGAUAAUGCUGCACACAGAUGUCCGAUUAAUAACUACAAAGAAAACUCUAAACAGGAGCAAAGCGAUCUGAUGAGGGAGAUUGAAGCUUUGGGAGCAAAACUAAAGAAGUCACAAGAGGAGCUGGACAAGAGCCACAUACAGACCAAGAGGCUGAACAGUGAGUUGUGUCAGUCAGAAGCCAGGAGGGAGGAGGCAGAGAGGAGAGCAGCUCAAGUAGCUGACGAGGUGAUGAGGCUGACAGAUGAAGCCAAUCAGAUGGAAGAAACCAAUAAGGAAAAUGACCGCCUCAUGACCCAGGUGAAGGAGCUACAGAGCAAACUGACAGGUCAGGUCAGGGAGAACACUAACGCUCUGUCACUGAAGGCUCAGAUAGAGGAGGAAUACAACAUCCUCACAGCUCAGCUCAAAGCAAAGACAGUGGCUCUAGAAGAGCUGAACUCUGAGUAUAUCGCUCUGAAAAGAGGACAAGGCAGCAGGGAUGAUCUGAGCACUGUUCUCAUGUCCCUCCGGACACGUUACAACAACAUCAAAGCUAAAUAUGAGGCACUCCUGAAAAAGAAGAGCCAGACAGAUUUGGAUAUAGCUCCUUUAAAGGCCAAGCUGUCAUGCCUGGUGGUGAAGUGUCAAGAGAGCAACAGCUUAUUGAUGCAGAUGAUGAAAGUGAUGCACAAGCAGGGCUGUGUGGACUCCACAUUAAUGCAGCAGGUAGAACAGCUGCUCUGUGACACUGCUCUGCAGGACUACACUGCAGCAUUCACACCAGGAAUCACUGUAAAGACCCAGAAUCACCUGAGUGGGUUUACACCUGAAUUUAUUCUAAAAGUUCAGGACUAUUCCGGUGGAUUCACACCUGAUCAGACUUUCCUUGCUGCAAUCCCACCUGUAAACCAGCACCAGAAUGAAUUCACAACUGAAUCUGGGGUGAAAUGCGGAAAAAGUGACAAACACUCUUCUAUAGUCACCACUGAAUUCACAACGCCUCUUCAUGGUGUUGGUGACAGCACACCUACACCAACAGUAAAGAAAAAUGCCAACUUACCUUUGCCAACCUCACCAGUGCAGGAGCAUGCCAGAGUCCAGAAGGCACCAUCACCUAUUCCAGCACUGGGCGACGGCUUCAGUCCCAACACAACACAGCUGUCUUCCUCUGCCAGUGUACCAGAGAAAUUAGGAUUUCCAGACAAGAAAGCACUGUCCUCCCCAGAUCCGACCAGUUCUUCAGAGGUGAGAGGUGGAUCCUCCCUGAGUCUUGCUCCUCCCUCUUCAGCCAUUCAUGUCAGUCCGAGCAGGAGGCUGAGCAGUCCUGAGAAAAUCAUAAACCUACAUGAGCAACUGCAGAAGACUCUGUUCAGCAGCUAUCAGGCUCCAGUAAUCAGAGGAAGAAAACAACAGUCCAGGAAAAGUCUGUUGUUUUCAGCUCCUGCUGACCUGAGCCCGACCUCUCAGAUAAAGAUCCUCAGUGUCAAUACUCCACAUCCCAACCAUCUGCCAGCCACCAGUGUUUCAAGCCAAGCUAAUCACACUCCAAUAGUGACAACGAAACCUGUUGCCACCACUAAGUCAACAACACUUUUUAAUGCUGUCGCCUCUAGAUCAGCUAAUGUUUCAUUCAGUCCUGACAUGUUUACAAAGCAUUGCUUAAAAUCAGACAUGUCUACAAUAACCUCUGCUCUUUCUAGCUCUUCCAGCUCUUCUAUUAACACUGUUGCAUCAAGCAAAGAUAAAUCUGCCUUAAACAGAGGCACUAACAUACCAAUAUCCCCAGAACUGAAAAGACAAAGUACUGCUAUCCAUAAUGCUAAUCAUACAGCAACCACUACCUUUAACACCGUCAGAUCUGCAGCUACUGACUCAAAUGUCUUAAUAUAUCUUGAUACAAAUCCAAAAACCACUGCCUCAGACACAACUGCCAUGAGCAUAUCAACUGCCGCUAAGGCUAGUAUUUUGAGCAUGACUUCUAACCCUAACCCUGCCCCUGCAUAUGAUGGCCUCAUAUUCAAUUUACCCUGCACUCAGUCUGCUCACUGCUCUCCUGAGAGAUCCUCCAAGUCCAACAGAAAGUCCCCUGCUGCUCCAGAGAAGCCAAAAACAAGACCAAAACCAGAAGCUCCAGCAGAUGUGUGCUCCGUUGAAGUCAUCAAAACAGUGGGUCAGAGCAGCCUCCUGAUUGGCUGGGAGAGACCGCCACUUGACGAGCUGGGCUGCAGUAACGGCACAUUUGUGUAUGGAUACAGGGUGUUUGUGGAUGGGGACUUUCAUAAGUCUGUCAUGAGCUCAGCGUGCACCAAGUGUAUUCUGGAGAACGUCGACUUGAGUGUCCCACUUCACCUCAGUGUCCAAACACUGGGCUCCAAUGGUUUGAAUUCAAACAGUGUCCACACCAUCCCGAGCAAGUUGCUGCUUCGCUUGGCAGCCUCUGCCACAGACUUGAUGGCCUGUCGGAUGGCCCGUUCUUGGACUCCCAUCCCUUUCAGCUGCCUGGUGGUUGACAUGGCCACAAAACCCCUGCAGCAGUCCCCCACAGGGUGCACCUGCAUGCUCCAGCCCUUUUGUUCUGCUUCAAUUGUUAAAUCGGAGUACUUCAGCUUUGUAUGCUUCACUAACUGCGUCCUCCUAUGUCAGUCCUAUGAUAAAUAG